AUGUCUACCUUAAGUACUACAAAACCAGAUACCGUAGAUCUUGACCAUUUUUAUAAUAAACAUCGCAACAGCUUUGAACCAAACUCAACACUUUUCUUAUAUCAGGAUAAUACUGAACAACAACAAUUAUUAACUGAUGACACAUACCAACAACCUUCACAACAAUCCCAAAUAGCUAACAACCAAAAUUCUACUGCAGAUCAAGUCAAACCAACACUUGACUGGCUAGCCAAAUUUCCU